UGUCGAUAACGAUAACACAGACGGGCACGACAUUUGGUUUUUUAUUUGGAACAAAUUUCCAAAAUUUGGUACCUACUUUUUUACAAGAAACAACAAAAAUUGAUUUGCCAGGAUGUCGGCCGUGGAGCUUUCUGUGGACCGCAAUCUCGUUUGCUCCAACUUCGACGGCUAUAAGCUGUCCUUCGACCCGGUGCCGGUUUUCCGCGAGGAGUUGCCUGUGAGGCCGUCGAAGCUGGAUCCUAGUUGGAAUGAAUACUCUCGGCUCCUCGGGGAGCUCUUUGCUCGCCACAACCUUCUGUGCGUGGACCCGUGGAUGCGCCACAACACCUACUUUAUUAACGCGCAGCACCAGGUGAUGCAGUGCAUCUACGAUCCGCAGAUCGGGCAUACCCUUGGCCUGCGCGUCGUCUACACCAUUGAGAAAUUAGAUCACGGCGACGGCCACUCUCAAAUGUCCGGCGACUACAACUACUCCAUGUGCUUCGUCUCGGAACGCUUCUCUGUGAUCUGCGACGGCAUUUCCACCUACCAUUUGCUGGACACCGGUGAUCGCUCUCGCAUCUCCACCGACCAAUGGCAAUUGGUCACCCGCACGCCGGUGGACAAAGAGAGCGGCACGCGCGGUUACAUCAUGUAUGAUGCCCGGCUGGAUGUGGUGCAGGAACGUAAGCAGAUCUCCCUGGUGGCUGGUCAUGUGUCGCGUCGCGAAACAUGGAUAAGCUACCUGGACAUCAUAUGGGGCCAAUUGGCCUUUAACCAAGAUAUCAACGAAUGGAAAUAUACGAUCCGCCAGCGGUUGCAAACAACCGGAUCCCUGCAAUACUGCGCCUUUGAGCCGCGCGCCGAAUCCCUAAUUCUGGCCAGCAAUCGCAAGAUUGAGACGCGCGAAGAGGCCGAGGCCGCCGCAACAGUUGCAGCCACCACUCCUCUUGCUACUCUUCAUCGUCCGAUGCUGAAUGGUCACGACGUAGCGGCUACCGAAGAUGCCGAGGAUGACCGCGGCGUUAGAAUGUACACCUGGAACCAGUCAAAUAGCGAUUUGAUACUCCGCUUUCCUCUGCCCGAGACCGCCACGAUUGCCGACAUCACCAUUCGCUGCACAUCGACCACUGUCGAGGUAAUCUACUUGGAGCAGGUGCUGCUGACAGGCGAACUGUACCAGCCCGUUCUCCCCGACUCCCUUGUCUCGGUGGUGGAGGCAAGUGCUCUCCACAUGAGCCUGGACAAGCAGACGGAGCAAGAUAGAUGGCCACGGCUGCUCAAGGGAGACGGUGAUGACGGUGUCGAGGAGGAUGUGGGGGGACCGCCAAGUACUGCCGGGUUGCCAAUACCAAAUCUGGAGGAUCCCAUUGAGGAGUGCGACCUGGGUAACCCGGAUGAUGACAAUAAGAUAGUGCGCUUUAACCUGCCAGAGAACAAAAUAACACACACCAUCUUCCUGGGCAGCCAGCCGUUGCUCUUCGUCACCAAUAUCCGCCCAGGAUUUCCGGCAGCCUUCGCCACUCGUCAGGGCGUGGACGCCUCCGUGUGGCUGCAGGUGUACCAGCCCAGCCGACCGGACGAGUGGGGUGUGCGACACGUGGGCCAGCUGAACGCCAUGGGCUACGUGCAGGCCUCAAAGGAGAAUCACAAGUUCACCGCUUGCUGCCCGGAGUUUGAGUACUCCGUAAUAUGUGAGGGCCGGCGGAACGUGCUCGUCUACCACUCCCGCCACGAGUCCGCCGAGGGGCUGCGCAAGCGCAACGGUCCGCCCGUCGUCGUUGGAAAACAGAACCUCAUUACAAUCGACUAUGAGCACGGCGAUAUCCUGGGCGUCGCCACGGCCAGCAAUGUUAUAACGAUUCUAACAGAAGGCGCCUUGCUCCACCUGCAGCUCUGAGCCACGGACCCUGACGAUUCAAUUUUGCGUAAAUUACAUUUGAUGUAUAAUUUUAAUUAUAAUAAAUAGAAAAAUAAUUAAGCUACGGUA